UUUUGGCUCGUUCUUCGUGGAAGUUGGAAUGUCAGUCGCUCUCUCAUCCCGAAACGGUGUUUGCUGGAUUCACUUUCCGUUGAGAUCAAAGUGAGGCCAGACCCCUCGAGUAACGUGGGAUUUUCGCGGGAAAACGGAAUGCACUUGAUUCUUCGAGGCCAAAAUUGAGGGUCCUUCUUUGUUUCUGUCUCGCUGUCUCUCUCCGUGUCUGUCUGUCUGCUGAUCCAUAUCCAUCUCUCCUCUUUUCUCUCUCUCUCUCUCUCUCUCUUGUACUCCACGUGUCUUGUGUGUGUGCGUGCGUGUGUGUGUGCGUGUAUGUGGUGGUGGUUGAGUGAAUGAGUGAGUGAGCGGGUGUGGGUGUGCGCAUUUGUGUCCCACUCUUACCCGUUUCUCUCAUGUCGUGGUUGGUUCCCUCCCUGGAGCUCUCACAUUUCAUUCAAGCUCAUCAGUAGUUGAUUUCGUCUCAUCUCAUCUUGACUUACUUUCUGAAUGGUGAACGAGACAUCCAUCAAGUGACGGGUUGACUGACCAUUUUAGAUUGUCAAAUUAGACGGCUCACUUACUGAUAGCACCAACUAACAACUCUCAAACUUUCCAAGAAGAUUCUCACCUCGAUUCCCUGCGAACGACGAUGAUGAUACAUCAGAUCAGGCAACAACCAUCAUGUGGUUUCGGUUGUCACUUAAAUCAAAACCACUUGAAUUUCAACCAGAUGAAAAAAUGACACUCCACUCGUGACAGGAACAGUAAACAAGAUUGUCACGUUGUCGGAAUCUCUCACGAUCCAUUGCAUUGGACCAUGGAUAAUCGACCUAUGGGCUAGUGAUUAGAUUUUGCGAGAACUCGGCCAAGAUCCUACCAGGACCGUAACCCGCCGAAUUCUAGCGUCUGGUUUCCGAUGGCCGGAAUCAUGCUAGAAAGUGACGGGGUUCUCCUGAAUGAAACUACCGACAAGGGCGAGUUCGUGUUCCUUAGUGUGGAAAACAAUCGGAGUGAAGAGACGACCAUUGAACUGCCCGAGUACAUUGCCGUGACCUCGUUGGUUCUCUGCUCCGUUGUCUUGGGUGUGGGUGUUUUGGGAAAUCUUCUGGUGAUUAUCGUGAUCCUCACGAACAAAUUACUACGCAGUUCCACCAACCUGUUUCUCCUGAAUCUCUCGGUGGCCGACCUUUUGGUUCUAGUCACUUGCACACCCACCUCGCUUGUGGAAAUCAUCACCAAACGUGACGCGUGGAUCAUGGGACGGGCCAUGUGCUUCUUCGUGCCCUUUGUGGAGCUAUCCGUUUCACACACGAGCGUACUGACCAUAAUGGCCAUCACCGUGGAACGUUACUACGCCAUCUGUUUGCCCCUGCAAGCGGGCGUGGUGUGGACCAAGAGUAAGGCGUGCAUGACGUGCAUCAUUGCUUGGCUUUUUGCUUUUGGCCUGACCGCACCAGUUCUGGCCAUGAUCGAGUACACCCCCGAUCCCGUCUCACCCGUGUGUCUGACCUCGGUAGACAACUUCUGGUCCAAGUUCUACUUCGUCUUCAUCAUCACCGUGUUCUUCUUCAUUCCAUUAUUGAUACUCAUCCUGCUCUACAGACAUAUCGCCAAUCACUUGGUUCCCAAUCAGAUUGGAGAUGAUGAACAGGUGAUUGCUGAGAGUUCGGCCGUGAUCCGAUCCCGUCGGCAAGUGGUUGCCAUGCUCAUCGCUGUGGUCUUCUUUUUCUUCGCGUGCAUUCUCCCCUUCAAGGUUCUUACGUUGUGGAUCGUGGCCUCACCCUUGGAGAUUUUGGAUGUCAUCAAUCAGGAGACCUACUUCAACUUGCUUUAUUUCUCUCGGCUUAUGUUUUACAUUAACUCCGCCAUCAAUCCCAUCCUAUACAACAUCAUGUCGUCCAAGUUCCGAGACGGGUUCAAACGCGUUUUCAAUUGCAAAGUGUGGACUUCGCGGCGUCACGGCUUUGGCCACAGUAGCAUUUACACGAAUGGUAUGAUUCAGACCACGACCGGGGUGACGGGUCUAGAGAACAGCCCCGCUAAUCGCACCUUCAUGGAGCGGAUGAACUCAUCCAUCUUGUUGCGACGAAGUCCAAAUCGAUCCACUAUCACCACCACCAUUUCCACCGUUCAUUCUGAAGCAGAUUCCCAGCAGCAACAACAACAACAGCAACAACAACACUUCUUUGUCAAUUCUCCGUCAGGCAAAGGGCGCAUGAACCGACCCCGAGCAAGCACACACAGUCACGUUGGCUCAAACUCGGUGAGCAAGAAGCUGUCCCUCUCGCCACGAGAAAGUUCGAAAAGUUCAUUUUUUGACCUCAAGGACGACAUAUCCUCAUCCUCGUGUAGAAGGGUAGGAGGCAGUCGAUCGUUUUCGCAGACCCGCCCCAAUGCUUUGAGCCACAGAAAACAGAAGAAUAAGACCGCAGCAUGUGGCAAGACCUUCAGUCGCUGCUCGUCCAAGGUUGAGCCCCCUUUGAAAUCUACGGCCUCAAAUGAGAGGGUUCCAACAAUGAUGUCGAUAACCACGCCAGCGAGAAGCGAGGGAACAACUACCAUAACAACAGCAACAACAACAACAACGACUGCGAUGACUGCGGCGAGGACAUUGACAAGAGAUGGUACUUCAGAGAAUGAUGGCUGUUCUCCAGUAAGGAGCAUCCCAUCUCCUGAUAACCAAGCCCGUCUCGAAUCAGAGGCUUGUGAAACUGUAAAUAAACGGCUAGGCAGGCCAGAGGAAACGACCCAAACCCAGACAAAUGAAGAUCACACUCCCAAACGAGAUCUCUCUCCAUCAGUCUUAUCCAUAGCGUCAUCACCAUGCUCUUGUCCAUCUGUCGAAUUUCCCUUGCCUCAUCAAAAUCACUAUCAAAAUCAUCAUGAUUUGCAUCAAGAAAAAAAUCAGCGGCACGGUCGUCCUUUUCAUCAUCACCACCAUCACCAACACCCCCGCCAUCAUCAUCAUCAUCAUCAUCAACAACAAGCGCAUUCAAAUGGAGACGUAUCAGAUCAUAGCCCAAGUGUGUCUACUAUUAUGUUGACUGAACAACACCAUCCAGUGGAUCAUCAGCAACAACAUCAGGAGUCUCCUCAUUUACCACCUAAAUCUGCGAACAUCAAUUUCACUUCAAACCCAUUAUUUCACGAGAAGAUAGGUUCUGACGAGUUGGUCAUUUAACGGCCGAUAAGCUCCUCCCGCCAUGACCAAGACAAAUCGAGCCCUGAAGAAGGCAAAAAUAAAUUGCAUGUCACUCUGGAGCGUUUCAAGAUGCCGUGGACUCCUUCACCCUCCAACGGAAUGGUUGAAUACUACUACGUACUUCCGGCAUACUUGUAACUGUAUUACUAUAGACGGAGAAGAGGUCAGGCUUAGCUUUGGUCAGAUAGAUAAGCAUACCUUCUAAAUCAGUCGUUGUUUGCCAACUAAAGUCACCAGGUCUUCUGACUAGUCAACUCUCAGAAGCGUGCGUACUUGAGGCAUCAGGGUCCAAUGGAUGGAAUACGAACGUAGUAUAAUAGUACAUGGAGACCUUGGUCAAGUUCUGGCGUGCUGAAAAAAAUAGAAAAUCAAGGCUGUCAAAGAAAAAAAAUAAGAACAACAACCACAUUUUCGUUUGUGGGUAGGGCUAAAAUGUUCGUGUUACUUGAAAUGAGACAAGGUCUACCGUAAUUGGUCUAUCAACCAUGAUGUCUGUCAAUGAGAAAUGAUUUCAGAGAUUCACGCAACCAGACCCAAGGGUAGAAAACUCUAUGAUUGCUCCAUCAAGAUCAAUGAUGUAAUAAUUGUGGUUUGUCACUGAGGAUUUAUUAAAAAGCCAAUGCUGGCUCGUGAACACGACAUCGGAUCCAUUCCUUGAGUUGGCCAACUUUGGUCAAGAAAACGAGGCUAUUUGAACUCCAUCUACCUAUAAUAUCGACAACCGACUCGAAAUAAGACUGCGAUAACGAAUUGAGAUUCUCUCUUGGCUACCAUAUAAUCAAGGGACUACUCCGAUAUCUCCGAUGACCCUUCGACCAGCUGGUUAAAAUGACCGUUCUAGCGAUCCAUUCUAUUUUUCAUGGGCCCUUGGCCGAUGAAUCUCGUGGCCUGUGCUUGGUCGUCCCAUGUCAGAAAACCCUCGAACCCGAGAUCAAGUUGACCUGAUGAAAGAAUUCUUUCGACACCAAACAAGUACCAGAAGCAAGAUUUCCCUUUAUUAAAAGAUGAAUGAAGAUGACGUAUUUUUCUGAUCUUGAUUGUUGUCUAAGUUCUUCUUCAAGAACGAACCAUUUUAUUGCCCAUGAUUGCCUAAUGUUCGUAGAAAUGAAUGUCAAUAGUACAGUAUUACUCACAUCACCACAUCUUGUAGGCAUUUUGCAACGUGAAGAAUUGAGAAAGGUUUGACCGAACCAAGUAACUACCAAUCAAAGAUCCAUGAAAGGUGGAACACGGGACCAAGGUGCCACCAGUUCAUGUAUAUCUGUGUUACUUUGAUUAUGUCGCCCACAUUUUUCGACUUGGAAUCAUCAGCAAAUCAUAAUCGAGUCAUUGAAAUACUUGAAAAUUGGAUGCUGUUCUCGGUCUCAUUUACCAGGGCAUUCCUGAGCAAUGUGCACUUUGUGUUAUUCGGUCAACCCAAAUCCACCAACCAAUCCAAUUGUCUAUUAGUAACGAAUCUUUGUUGGCUAAUGUGAAGUCAAAACAUCUCUACAUGUCCAAUUGACGCGAAUAAAUGUGCCCUUGUCGUCUUUGAUA